UCAAGUGAUACCGUAUUUAUUAUGGGCUGUGGGUUCACCGGGACUGUUGAGGUGGGGAAAAGGGUUACUGGAUUCCAAGCAGAAGAUAAAGCUGUUUCCCCAUUUAAAACUUCUUGGUACGCGAGGUAAUCGCUUUCACAAGUAAGCUGUUGACGAUGUGAUAGUCAAGAAUGUUUCUACUGUAGGAACGGCUAUACAUCCCGAUGCACACAAAAAAUGUUAUACUUAUAUGGAGGCCAGGGGGAAUAUGUUAGUUUUUUGUCUGCUAGAUCUCUCACAAGAACUAACUAGGCGAAUUAGGUCCGAAUUCCGUCGGCAGACGGGACACUCCUCAAAGCUCCGCCAGAAAUCCAGGAAGAGACAAUUGUAUGUCAGAUCCAGGUUGAUAUUCACUUUGAAGCCUUAGCUGACAACCGUAAUAGAUCCUGAUAGCAGAUAUAGUAAGUCUACAGAUUAACUUGUUGCUCGAUUUUGCUAAUCAACAACUAGUUCCCAACGUAUGGGCCUACUAGCAGUGUUUUGUCGUAGCUAACCCGCUAAUAGUGGCUACUUUGCUGCAUCCUGUGGCUUUUCCCAACUCACACUGGCUCAGCGUGAGAAUGCAACUGUUGUUCUGAUAGGAUGCAGUCCGGUAGGACGAUGUGCCCUUAUUGCCACUGCUUCCUUCAAAUUUGCACGCAUAUUCGCUAUGGACUCUAUUCCCUGUCAUCGCGAACCCGCCAACUCUCAUGGGGCGGAACCUUUGAACUUUAUGGAGGAUAAAAGGGCUGUUAAGGUGCGAAUCCUAGAAGCUACGGACGCAAGAGGCGCUGAUGUUGUCUUGGAAGUAGUAGGAAAAAACCCUGCUCUCCGAACAAGCUUCGACAUAGUUAGGCCCUGGAGGUUACUUAUCAGUGUCGGAGUGCGUAAUGCUAAAGUGAGCUCUUCAGCCACCACCCUUCCAAACAUUUGCUAAUACCACUCCAGAUCCCGUUCAACAGAAACGAAGCAUACAACAAAAAUGUACCAAGCUUUGCGGAUGCGCGGGAGAGACAAGAAUAGAGGCUGAUUAUUUGUGAAUUUUGGUGAAACGUCGACAGGGGUGUCGGCUUCAGUUUAGAUGGGGGGUUGGGUGAUUGGCCAUAAGGGGUGGCCGUGGGUGAUGCAGGUAGGCCCCAUCGUGUAAUUGGCGG